GAUAUAUCUUUUGCUUCCAACAUUAUCUUCUCCAACGGUGACUUAGAUCCUUGGAGGCCAGGAGGGGUAUGUUAUUUAACGUAGCGGCUGCAACUCUAGUCUCCCGCACAGCCAUUUUUGUUUCGUCACGCAACGCUUCUUGACGAGACAAAAACCUCCUGCGAGGGAGACUGCUGUAACUCAACAAUGUAUUCAGUAAACUGGCGUAGAAUUCACUUUCACAUACUUUUGGGCAACUGUUGCCACAUUGAGAUAGUACUGUGAGAUCUAUUCUCUCCUAGACUGUUUUUCUCUUUUUUGAUUCGUUCAAAUCCUGCGGCUAAUUCUUUAUUACCAGCUAGCGUUGACCAAAUUUGGAGGACGUUUGCGAUAUUUGGAAAAUGACGUCAAUAGUACAGCAUAAAUGCCAGAAAAAUGGACUCCCUGUUAGAGCAGUACAAUAUGGCGGAGCAUUUCACACGUUUCAUGAAGAAGAAAUAGCCGAACUAUUCAGCCUAAAAACAUAGCAAGAACAGCAAAAAUACAACUCGAUGAAUGACAUCGGCUAUUUAUAGAAUAUCUGCAGGACUAAACAUGUCUUUAUAUCAUGAACUUGCCGAGAAACAUGCAAGUGAUUAUUUUCUGUUCUUUUUAGGUUCUUGAAGAUGUUUCCGCAACACUUGUUGCACUUCCGGUCAAGGGUGGAGCCCAUCAUCUUGACUUGAGGUAUUUGCUGUACAAUUGUUGCUUUGCUUACCCAAUAAAUCUCUGAAGAGUACGUUUUUGACUAUUUUAGAGAACGCAUUAGACACCAUAAGAUCUGAAUGCAGGAAAUUAUUUUGUAAUUUCAGUCCAGUCACAACUCUUGAAAGUUUGCUCUCUUCUCUGUAGCUCAAGAGCACGAGAUAAUGAUUGGCGUUCCAUUGAGAAGUGAAUCUAUAAAGCACAGAUUGGGUAAAAAGCCCUUCUUGCAUUGAAUAUCCUGUCGACUAUUCUGUCCGUUUUUUAGAAGGCAGUGACAUCACAACCUGCUGACAGCAUACCGUAAUAUGCUAUACACUGAUACAAUCCAUGCAUUAUUGAAGAAGCGAGGUUGGACACUGUCCAUGCCUACAGUGUUGUGCCCUUGAAUGAAAUACCGUAAAAUUUCGAAAAUAAGCCCCGGGGCUUAUAUUUUUCAAAGGCCCUUUUUGAGGGGCUUAUUUUUGGAGGGGCUUAUAUUCGGAGGGGCUUGUCUACGGAGGGAAAUUUGCGUUUCAAAAUCGAUUGGGCUAGCCUUAUCGUUGGAAGUAAAUUUACCGUUUUGGCUUUGUGUUACUUUGUAUUUGAGGGUAAUUUUCCAAGUACAAGCCCCCCGGGGGGCUUAUAUUUGGAGGGGCGAUUUAAUGGAGGGUUUUUUGCGUUACCGGUUUGGGGGGCUUAUGCAUGGAGGGGCUUAUUUUCGGAAUUUUACGGUAACCUAAACUACAUUACACUAUUAAGGGAUAUUAAAGCACAAUACAAACUACGAUACAACUUUUCUGAAGUCCUAUGAGCAGAGGCUCCAACUUAAAGCUUGAGUUGACAAAAUACAGUUUUUUUCGGUGAAAUUAUCCAGAGCCUUGAUCUCGUAUUAUUAUUAUUGUGCGUUCAGUGGAACGGAAUGUGGGGAGACUCUUUUUCACCGGUUUUGCUGGGUUUUUUUUUUUUUUCAUUUAGGGCAUCCAACCCUCAGGACCCACCAACCGUCACACAAGCCCGUGAACAAGAACUGCAACUUAUUCGCAUGUUCAUAGAGUAG